AUGUUUCCUCAUAUCUACGAAGGAGAUGGAGUUUACCUUUAUCCAGAUUCAACAAAUGAUCGCAUAAUGCCUAAUAAUGAUACUCCAUUACAUCAUCGUUUCUUGGGGGAUGAAUUAGACGUUCAAUAUCGAGCCCGUACAGGGUUAUUUGUUAAGUGGAAGGAGUGGAAUGCUUCUAUUUCCACAUGCUUUUAUGUCGUUUUGAAAUCAGUUAAUAUUUUAUCUUCCAUGUUUUUAUCUUCUGGCCCUGAAGUGUAUCACGAUAUUCCUAGCUUAAAUCAAUUGGUAUCGCGCUGGUGCCCCACGACCCAUACUUUUUUAACGAACUGGGGGGAGUUUUCUAUAACGUUGGAAGACUUUUACACACUUCUUUUCUUGCCCAUUUGUGGUACUGCUUCUACCAUUGCCCCAUCAUCAGAUGAAGAGAAAUCUCUGAUGUCGUCCUUGAAGGCGUCUGUUGAAUCUCUAAAAAAGAAUAAGAAGCAGUUUGACCUUCCUGAUUGGGUAAGAAAAUUUCAUAAAGAAGAUGGUAGGGAUCUUGUAGAGUGGGCAGCAGGCAUCGCUUUGUGGCUAAGUAGGUAUGUUUUUCAUCCAAAAAACUCUAGGACAGUUCAAAGUGAUGUAUUCCCUCUAGCUUGUAAACUUGCAUGUGGGCAAAAAAUCCCUUUAGGUGCUCUCUACCUAGGAAUAUUAUACCAUAACUUAGACUCCCUAGUUCUUGAAAUAAACUCAAAGAGUACAAAUAUUGUUAGUACGGUCGAUGCAUGCUUUCUUCAAAUGUUUAUUUGGGAGCGUUUUGCAAAGCUUUCCCCACUGCGUAAGUGUUUUAAUAGUGAUAACCCUCGUCCUUGGUCAUGGGCUCGUUCUCGUCCGAAGAAGUCAGUAAAAUUGUGUGACAUUAUUGACAAAGUUUCAGAAUUUACAUUUUGUCCGUACCUUACCAACAUAGAUAUUUAUUUCACUUUGGACUUGUACCCUGGAGGCGUAGUAUCAUCGACGGAAGAUGUUCGCUUAUCUUUAGAUAUUUCCCUUGGAGGUAUAGGCUUCUGGUUUGCUAUAUGUCUACCUCGUCACAUAUUAUAUCUCCUCGAUAAUGCUAAAUCAGCAUCUUGGUCAUUUACUGCAUAUUGUUUGGAUCAUGUGGCUAGACAAUUUGGUUUUGAGCAACAUGUCCCUCAUCAUCGAAAGUUGGGGGACUUAGAAAAACCUAAUAAUUCAUGCUUGUUAAACUACCUUCAGUCUUCGAAAUGCUCUCGUACUUUAUUCUGCCUUCCUUGUAAAAUGAGGCAUGGCGGGGUAUCUUCAAAAUUUGUUGAUUUAUGGCUGAAGGAACUUGAGAAUCGUUCAUCGAAACAUGUCUCAGUUCACGCUAAUGUCCAUACCCAAUAUGUAGGGCUUACUGCUGGCGGGAAUACUGUUCUAUCGUCCAUGGACCCUCAAGAAGUAGUGCCUUCAACGUCCAUUGAUCUUGGUAUAUUGGUUGAAUAA